AUGGAAUACAGUGGGGCGUGGCUGCAGCAGCACCAAAUUCCCGAUUUGCAGGCCGUCGCACACGACGGGCAGCAUCCUGCGAACGAUGACUGGAAGGAGAAUACGUCCGUACAGCCGUCGGCGGGCUCCUCGCAGCCCAUGGAUCUGAGCGAUUUUGUGCUGGGGGACAUGUCGGUCCCACCGGCUUCGUCGAGCUCGCUGUCUUCCUCGUCGACGGGAUACUUCGCGACGUUCCCCCAGCAGGGCUUCUUCUUAUCGACUACGCCUGGACCGUUCAACGUCGUCCAAUACGGCUCAUCGCCAUGGGCUCCCAACUCGAAUCAACUGCCGUUGUCCAGCUAUUCCUCCCUCAACGGCGCAACAAGCGCAUCCUCAUCCGCACAACAACAAUCUUCAUCGUCGAACCCGACAAUGAUGAUCGAUCCCGCCUUGACCACCAUGAGCAUGACUGCCAUUAAUUCUUCAGCGUCACCCUCGAUCCAGCAUUAUCAGCAUUCACCCCCUUUUCUCUCUUCACAGCCUCAACAACGCACACAAUUUCAGUACCAGCAUCAACCUCAUCAACCUACAUUAUCCAUCAACCCUUCCUUCGUUCAUACCAGCACUUCACAUUAUCAAGCACCCCAGCUCCCUCGGUCGACAUCGCAGCAGCAACAGCAACAGCAGGGGACGCUUUCUCCCUUUGUCUUGCAUUCUCCUGCCAAUACACUUAAUAGCCCCGUCACGCCAAAUUCUUUUUAUGCAUCCUUGCAGCCGAUACUUAAUCAUUCAGCACCGACCAUAUCGCCGGAGCAGCGGAAAAUUGAGUUCCUCAACGGCAUCAGGCCUCUUCUCUCUCCUACCUCGUUCACAGGUGCUGGCGCGGUAUCGCAACUGGUAGGGUACAUCGAGGAUUACGGCGUACAGGAGGUCGAGCCCCAGACGCGAUUGGAGAUCCUGACGAAAAUGAGGGACAACGCAGGUAAUCAUUACUUCCGUGCUUGGGUCGAGAAUGAAGUCGCGAUGGACGUCACUCGCGAGUGGCUCAAGCUCGCGUAUACUGGAAAGAACGAUCCUCAGCUGGUAGAGACGAUCAUGCCUUUACUGCAUGUUAUCGACCGUCUGCCCUUGACAAUCGAAAGCCUGAAAUCCUCGAAACUUGGUAAGAUUGUUGUCAGACUCGUGAAGGAGCCACCUGCCCCUGCGAUCAAAGACAUGGCAGCGAACCUGGAGCGUAAAUGGCGACAACUGCUCGCAUCUAGUAGCGACUCGUCGAAACACCUGGACAGUGAACCGACAGAGGAUGUCAAGGGCAAGAAACGAAAAGCGGACGCCUUAAAAGCCGCCCCUCCUGCCAAGAAGGUCGUUUUGACCGCGCCGGGUUCGUCGUCAAAGCCUGUGGUUGUCAAGAAGGAGAGCAGCAAGUCUGUCGUUAGGGAGGUCAAGGACGCGAAAACAGACUCUUCGUUCUUCUCUGCUCCAAAACCGAAGGCAAAACUGCCGAGCUUCAAGAAAGCUGCUCCUGCGGUAGUCAAGAAGGAGCCGGAUCCGAAUGUCUCGCAACCGUCGUCCAUCAACCCUUUCGAAGAGGCUCUCAAGUUGAUGAAGUCGCGGAAGGACUCGCCUGCCACUGCUACCCCACCGCCUAUGCCUGCGCCAAGUGUUCCUGUGGUAUCGACGGGUUUGACCAGCUCUGGUAAGCAGAAGAAACGAGUCACAUGGGCUCCCGAAGGCAAGCUUGAGAUGGUCAAACUCAUUGAGCGGGCUGUAUACGACGAUGAUCCUGCGGAUGGUAUGCACACAACACACAACGUUCGCGAUCUUGACCGAGACGAGGGUGCGGCACUGCAUGCCCACCUCUUCGAAGAGCAGAUUGAAUGGUUGGAGCCAAUCCUCAUUGUCAUCCCCCCAGACAUCGAUGCGCGUCCGAAAGGAGAACAAAGUCAGGAGAAGGUGACGCAGGAGCAGCGUGAGCAAAGCGCGCUGGUCGCGCUUUACAUGUCCGCGGCGCAGAUACCCGAUAGCCCCGCCGAACCUCCGUCACAGAUACCAGAAGAGCAGGUCGACGAGAAGGUCAGGAUGAUGCUGACCGGCCCCGAGGUCGACACGAUCUUCUGGAGCGGAGGCGCGCCCGCGGCGCUAGAGCCACCCAAGUCGUCGGUAGCCGAGUUGGUGGGGCAGCUUGCUUCGAGUUCGGGCGACGUCACGAUGGGAGACGCGUCACACGCGGGUCAGCAGCUGGAUCCCAAGUCGUUCGGGUUUGACCCAGCAACGAUCCCAGCAUUAGCGAACGUCACGCCGGAGCAGUUGCAGAAUCUCAUGCAGCAGGCGCAGGCUCUCGUCGCGCAGGGCGGCAUGUUUGCGCCGGGUCAGUCUGGGGAUUAUUCUGAGCGCGGAGGAUACUACGACGAAGGUCGUGACCGACGGUGGUCAGAGGAAGGCUAUAGCGACCGCGGGAGCAGCCGUGGGCGCACUCGGGGGCGUGGUAGAGGCCGCGGUGAUGGAUAUAGAAGUAAUAAACGAAAGCCAUGCAGUUUCUUUGCGGCGGGAAGGUGCAGAUAUGGAGACCAGUGCGAUUUCAGCCAUGAACCCAUCUACUGA